AUGGAGCACUCGAAGUUGUGGGACCUUCGUUUCAAGUGGACUUCAGACGGCCAACAACAACAACAACCGGUGGGGUGGUGCAAUAACAAGGACGAUCCACCAAAUUCACACCAAAAAUCAAAAAGCAAUAAUGAUGCUCGAAAUCUGAACAGCCGGGUCCGGGUUCGAAUACGGAUUGCAUGGCGAGCAGCGGACGGGAGGUGUGAGAAAAUUCACUGUUCCAAGCAAUUGGACAAUAUUAGAAAGGACUACUGCGAAAUUUAUUUUGGUGAAUUUGGCGAAAACAGAUCGUGCUCAAUAACUGAUAAUAUUGUAACCACUGAAGAUUAUCAAAUGAGUUUAGUUGUUUCUACUUUAAAAAUAAAUUGGACAAGCCCAGUGUUUCACCGUUGGAAUAUUUACAAAAUAUGUAACGAAACUGAUUACGAACUUUUUAAAAUUACUGUGCAUGGAAUUCGAAGUGCAGUCGAUAUGAGAAUUAGCCCUGGCGUACAUUAUCUUGACCUACUUGGCCUUCGGGAAAUUGAUGACUACAGUAUUUACCUUCCAUCCUUGGUGAUAACUGAGGAGUAUGUGCAUUACGCAAAUGGACCGCAAAUUUUAACUUUUGAAUAUGUAUAUGACAGUCCACUAAAUUCCAUGGUUAUAAACAAUUACAUUCGAAAGACCAUGCACAACACCAAGGAAAUCGACAUUUAUAAUCCAAAUAAUUUUGAAAUGCCGACUCUAACAAUGGAAGAAAAUGUUUUUCGUGGCAAAUAUAACAUGAGCGCCGUUACAUUUACGGACUUUAGUGUAAAAGGUUUGACGGCUAAAACCUUUGAAAAUUUAACAAGCUUAAGUCGGCUUAUUUUUGAUAAUGUUAUUUUAAGAGAUCUUUCGUUUUUGGGAUCUUCUACACUUCAGGAAUCAUUAAAAUAUUGUGUUAUGAAGGUUGCAAGUAUGGUGGACUUGAAAAACUUUGACAAAUUCACGACUCUUGAAUCCAUAGUAGUUAACCGAUAUAAAUCCUUUGAAAAUCUUACUGCUUUCAUAUGUGAACCAUAUAAAAGUCACUGCCAAUUUACAAUCGGAUUUAAUAAGGUUGCAUGCCCCUUUCAAUGCAAUUGCACAUAUGAUCGAGACAAAACACGUUUAGAAAUUGAUUGUUGGCAGAAAAAUCUCAGAACUAUUCCAGCGCUACCGGUUCCGAAAAAAGGUCAUUCACUUUUGGUGUUUAAGGCCAACCGGUUGGCUGAACUGCCCUACAACUCAUUGGAAGGUUAUAAAAACUUAAAAAGCUUAGACGUGUCAUACAACCAAUUAACAAGUCUUAGUCUGAGCCAACUGCCUGAAAGUCUUUACCAUCUGGACAUCAGACAUAAUAUUAUUUCUACCCUAAGCCCACAGGUUGUCGAGUAUCUACACAGUGUUAAUACUUUCCAUCAGUUUGGCAACAAAUGGAUUAUCUACUGCGAUGAAUACUACUUAAAAGAUUUUUUUCGGAAUGAAGCAAACUUGUUACGGAUAAUAACAUCCAAAUUUGACGACAUAAUGAGAUCCAUGAGUUUACGAAUUGAUCCUUCAAUCCUAGAAAUGUUUUUUUUUGAACAUACAGAUAAUUUAUAUCUAGAAGCAAAUGAAGAUCAAAUAAAAAGGGCCUUUAAGAGUUCGUAUAAAUUCUUAAAGGCAAUGGAACUAUUAAAUCAGUACAUUGUGCGGUUUUCGGCGCAGUACGAUGAAAUUAUUCUCCAACAUCUCAACGCACGCUGUCCUUACAGAUGCUCAUGUUGUGUCGAACGGCAAACGGGUGAUUUUAUUAUAAAUUGUCGGAAUUUAACUCUACACUUUUAUCCAGAUAUACCGAACCCGAUUGAGUACAACACGACAAUAUAUCUUGAUGCAAAUGAAAUAUCUUUUUUUAUUGCUCCGCCAAUUACAUUAUAUAUUGGGUUAAAGAAAUUGCACUUGUCCCAAAACCGGUUAAGAGAACUUCCACUUUACAUGCUCCCAGAAAAUAACAUAACUUACCUAGACGUACGCAAUAAUCGAUUAAAGUAUCUGGAUGAUGAUGUGGUAGCCUUCCUUGAAAAUCGGGAGAACAUCACCAAGAUAGAACUUUCUGGAAACCCGUGGGAAUGUAAUUGCAGGAAAAAGACCUUCCUAUCUUAUCUCAGGAAGCACGAGCCGGUAGAAUACGAAACAGCCCUGCGCCGCGUUAACAUAACUCAGGAUAAGUGUCCUGUAGACUGCAUUUGCUGCGUUGACACCUCCAAGUCCGAAUUGCUUACACUCAUGAUCGACUGCAGUGGAAAGGACCUUCGCGAAAUACCACCACUACCCACACUACCACUUGGACAAACAACUCUAAUCUUUGAAAGAAAUAAUCUCAAGAAAUGGCCAUCCAGCUUUCUACUAGAAUUCUCAAACGUGACACGACUUUAUUUGGCCCACAACAGACUUUCCGCUAUUGAUCACCUACCAGAGAAACUUAUACACCUGGACAUCAGUCACAAUAACUUCACGGCUCUAGACGAUCGAGUACGGGGAUUCCUGCAGAAACGAAUGAAUUCAUCCCAGAUGAAACUAUCACUUUUUGGGAAUCCGUGGACUUGCAGUUGCGAAGAGAAGGACUUCCUGGUAUUCGUAAAGGCGCAUGCGAAGAAUAUUGCAAACCCUUUAGCUAUUCAAUGCAGUGGUACUGGACGAUCGUUGAUUGAGAUCGAGGAGGCUGAUAUAUGCCCCUCGGUCCUUAUCUACUUCACCUCCCUUGCCGUCUCUCUGCUGAUCCUUGCUUUGUCCCUUAACGUUUUUGUAUGCUUCAGGCGACCCAUAAUGAUCUGGUUCUACGAACACGAAAUAUGCCUCAGUUUGGUCGCCCGACGGGAACUCGACGAGGAGAAGAAAUACGAUGCCUUCCUAGCAUUCACCCACAAGGACGAGGAGCUUGUCGAGGAGUUCGUGGAUCGCUUGGAGAACGGCAAGCACAAGUUUAGGCUUUGUUUCUACCUGCGAGAUUGGUUGGUGGGCGAGUGCAUUCCCGAUUGCAUUAACCAAUCUGUCCAGGGCUCAAGGCGCAUUAUCAUCCUGAUGACGAAGAACUUCCUCCAGUCCACCUGGGGUCGCCUUGAGUUCAGAUUGGCGCUACAUGCAACCUCGAAGGAUCGGUGCAAGCGCCUGAUCGUGGUCCUUUAUCCGGAUGUAGAAAACUUCGAUGACCUAGACAGCGAGUUGAAGGCGUACAUGGUGUUGAACACCUAUCUGGAGAGAAAUCAUCCAAACUUCUGGAACAAGCUGAUGUAUUCAAUGCCACAUGACAUGCAUUCGAAGAGAAGACGUUCUGAUGAAGAAACAGAGGUAUAAGAACAAAAUACACAUCAUAUGCUAUGAAAAAUAUAUUAUCCUUUUUUCCUGUUUAUCUAUCAAAUCAUUUCCAAGCUCUGUCAAAACAAAUAUAGUUGCAAUAAAAUUACAUUUUUUAAAUUCUCGAAAAACUCAACUUCAGAGUCCUCACUUAUUUAAGAACUGCUAAGAACAUUGUUUAAAUAAAAUGUAACUUUGGCGGCUUUUUGUGGCUUUCACAAGCUCAACUGGCCGGAACUCAAAAUAUGUGGGAUCCC